CCCCCAUGACCGGAAGGGCAGAGGAGGGUCAGGGCUGGGCUCAGAACAGCUGCACUUUCUCCACAUCGUGAUACUCUGGGGAAGCCAGAGCCGGACAGAGGCUCUGCUACAGGGAGCAGAGACCACUCCAGAGUUCUCGGGCGGGGCAGCGGAUGGCGAAUCUCGCAGGGCUUCUCGCGCUGUGUCUCCAUCUCCUCUCACUGAGUGUUGCCUCGCAGCAAUGGCAGGAUUCCAGAUGCACCUCUUCUGGCCCACUCCCUGCUGCUGAGAUGUUUCUGGGAACGACCUCUGCUAAGGAGGGGGACACUGUUAGCGGGAGAUGCUUCAUCCCUACCGGAGCCUCUGUCACCAUUAUUUUCUUUUGCAAAGAUGGGCUGGAAAUUUCAAGGCUGCAAGCCAGGAGGGGAAAAUUCUCUUAUGAUUUAGCUUACAGAGUAACUGGCAGCUCAGGCAAUAUUUCCUGUGGAUACAUUUACAGAAAUGACGAUGACCAGGUGUCACAUUCUCAGCAAAGUGUCACUCAAUACUUGAAGGUUAAAGGUGCCAGUCCUAGGAGCAGCCCGACCGAGAAUUCACCUCUUCUAGAACAGGAAAACAUCACAAUCUUGAUAAUUACAGUUUCUGCUUCGGUGGGUGUGGUUUUGUUCCUUCUUGUGCCCCUGGUGUAUUAUCUUAAAAAGAAGAAAGUUGUAAUUAAAAAGAAACAAGAAAGGUUGCAAAGCCUCCGUGUGAAGAGCAAUAAGGUCACUGAAGAUGAGUAUUCCGAUAACAAUUUUGGAGAGUCCCAUGGCUUGGACAAAGAAGCCCCAGAUCCAAUCUAUCAAAAUCUGGACAUAGAGGAUGUGCCUCGUUCUUCUCAUCGCUCUGAACAGAAGUACAAGUCUGCCUUUCACCUAUAUGAGAACAACAUGUACACACCAUGAGAGGUGCAGGCUGUUGGAAGAAAAACAUCUCAGCUUAGCAUUUUCAAAGACUGAUUUCAGUGUCUGAGAACCAGCAGAAGAGGACACUCACAUAAUGAUGAAACAUUUCA